AUGUCGCCGUGCUACGCGCCCGUGCCCUCGGAUGACCUGCCACGGCAACACGCGGAUGCCUCCGCGUCCACCGUCGCCGCCACGGCCGUCGGCACCGGGCACCACAUCCUCAGGGUCGAGGGCUACUCGCACCUCAAGACCAUGCACGGCGGCUACCUGGAGUCCACCGCGUUCAUGGCGGCGGGCCACGCCUGGCGGGCGCGACGACGCGACGCCGAUGCCGACCAGAGGGUCGUCCACGCCGAGUACGAGUUCGCUCUGGUGCACCACCAAGGGACGCUGGUAAAGUGGCCGUCGCACUGCGAACACGGGACCGCCUCCGCCUUCGACAAGGGCAACUCCUGGGGCUGCCCGUUCUUCAUCGCCACGGAGGAGCUGAAGCGUUCCAGGUUCCUCAAGGACGACUGCUUCGCCGUCCGGUGCAAGGUCACCGUCGUUCAGGUCCAGGAGUGGGCCGUCCAAGAGGACCCGAGGCCUGCUGAGACUGAGACCACCCCUUGGAAGGCUUUUGCUAGGUUCUGCGGUUCCAUCUGUGGAUAG